AUGAUGAAAGCAUCAGAGAGCAAGCAGCAGGGAGAAGGGCCUAUCACAGACACUGGCAAAGAAGAAGAGACUAAGACCCCAUUGGGCCAGCCUACUGCUCAGGGCAAUUGCUGUUCCCUUCCUGGCAUCAGCCUCCUCGAGAAGCUCAUCAAAACAUGCCCGGCUUGGCUUCAUCUGAGCAUCACUCGGGAAAGGGCUGAUGAACUGCUCUGCAAGGAACCAGCAGGGAUAUUCAUUGUUAGGAAAGAUGAAAACCUGAAAAACCUCUUUCUCUCGGUUCAUUUCCCAGCCCAGGCAGAGGGAUCUGAAGUGGUGGAGUACAAGAUUAAAGAAGAAAAAUCAUUAAUCUAUCUGGAAGGAUCUCUUCUCGUGUUUGGAGACAUCUUCAAACUGGUCGCGUUCUUCUGUGUCAGUAGAGAUUUGCUUCCCUUCACGCUAAGACUGCCUCAAGCAAUAUUGGAAGCAAGAAGUCUGACAGAUCUGGAAGCCAUCUCCAGUCUGGGGACUGGUUUCUGGGAUUCCACUUUAAAUCAGAAGCAAGGAAGAAGAAGGCUUUCUCACCCUGUGAAAGGUUCUGCUUUUGCCACCGCCCAGGCAACAAAAAUUAAAAAACCCAACCAGUGUUUUGCAAGCAGCAGGAACAAUUGUUCAUGUGAAAUUGAGCUGUCAGUCGGAAGUGACAGGCUGUGGUUUGUGAAUCCUAUUUUUAUAGAAGAGAGAAGCAAUCCAUUUCCCCUGGAUGUGCCUCCUCAAGAGAGCUGCAGGGAGACUCUUCCUUCGGCUCCUGACAUUGUGACAACACCCAUCAAAAGAACUCCCAGCCAUCGCCCUCCGCCGCCACCUCCACCGCCACCACUGCCUCCGCCGCCACCACCACCACGUCCACAUGCUCUGAAGCAACCUGUGAAGUCUCCUGCAACCAGUUCUGAAGGGGACCACUUUCAUCUUCAGGACGAAAAGGACAUGAAAACAGAGGUCAGUAAAGAAAAAGAAAAUGAUGGGGAAGGGUCCUUUUCUCCUAGGGGCCAUUCAUCCACAAAGAAAAGUGCCCCCCCUCCAUUCAUUCCACCAAGGAGGUGUGUGUCUGAAAGACCACUGGGGAAAAGUUGUGCUGAUAAAUCUGGGAAAUGUACGGUGCCGGAAAAGGUACCAGCAGGAAAACAGAGCAAUGGGACCAAAGAACAUGUUAAUAACAUUCAGGAUACUGAGGUCCCACAGGAGGCCACAGAGGAGGACCCCUCCCAGUGUCAAGAAGCCACACCUGAUAUGGGCACCAAGACACAGUCGGUUGAGCUGCAGAGGACCCCUUCAGAGAAGCCAGUGGGGCCGCCCAUCCCUCCCCCAAGAACGAAGAGGCUCUCUAGGCAGACAUCGUCGGCCAACUCUUGCCUUUCCAAACAAGCAAGCUUGGACGAGUCAGAAGGACCUGUGCAACAAAAAGACACGAGGCCAGUCAAGAAAACCUACUUGGAUGCAAAAAGGAAAUCAAGACCUGACUGUAGGCUUUUCAGUUUAUCAGAUCGCGAAGGCUCGCGUGACUCUCUGGACUGCCCAGUAAGCAACGCAUCGGCUCCGACUUCUGCCUCUGAGCAAGACUCCUAUUCCACUAGCAGCACAGAAGAUGAGACAGAGCAGGUCACCAGGCCUUCAGUUAAGAAGACCCCUUCCUUGCUCCUAGGCCGGGCCAGGCACCGCCUGUCCAUGGUCAGCUUGAGUAACGUCUUCACUGCUUUCCUGUCUGCUGACCGAAAGCUGCAGAAGAAGAUUGUGGAGUUGGCCCAGGACAAGGACUCAUACUUCGGCAAUUUGGUGCAGGAUUACAAAGUGUACAGUUUGGAGAUGAUGGCAAGGCAGAGCUCGAGCACGGAGAUGCUGCAAGAGAUCCGCUUAAUGAUGACACAACUGAAGAGCUACUUAAUACAAAGCACAGAGCUGAAAUCUCUGAUGGACCAGACGGUUUACCUUGAUGGCCAGCUAGAGGCGAUAAUCGAAUCCGCUUUGCACAAGUGUAUGUUGAAGCCUUUACAAGACGCCAUCUACACCUACUUACGCGAAAUCCACAACAAAGAUGGAUCCUUUAAGUUCCUGAAGGAGAACCAGCAAGUCAUACAGAAUACAACAACUACUGACUUGGGAGUCACCACUAGCGUGCCUGAAGCCACAUUGCUGGAGAAAAUCCUGCAAAAAUUCACCAACAUGCAUAAGGCUUACUCACCAGAGAAAAAGAUUUCCAUCCUCUUGAAGUCUUGCAAACUCAUCUAUGACUCCAUGGCUCAGGGAAAUCCAGGGAAGCCGUAUGGGGCAGAUGACUUCCUUCCAGUGCUUAUGUACGUUCUGGCCCGCAGUGACCUGACAGAGAUGCUUCUGAACGUGGAGUAUAUGAUGGAACUCAUGGACCCUGCUCUGCAGCUGGGUGAAGGUUCUUAUUAUUUAAUCACUACUUACGGAGCAGUGGAGCUGAUCAAAAGUUACGAUAAGAUCACGGUCACCCGGCAGCUGAGCACCGAGGUUCAGGACUCCAUCCACCGCUGGGAGAGGCGGAGAACGCUGAACAAAGCCCGGGCUUCCCGCUCAUCUGUGCAGGACUUCAUCACAAUCUCCCUUUCGGAAGCAGACGCCAUGACACGGACGCUGGCCUAUCGGACUGAUGCAACGGCUCAGCAGCUGACUGAACAAUGCGCUGCGAAGUUUGAGGUCUUGGAGCCUCAGGACUAUGGCUUGUUUGUCCAGAUGGGUGAAAAGAGCUUGCAGCUCGCUGAAGAUGCCCUCCCUCACCGUAUCAAAUCGCAUCUCCUGAACAAAGACCCCAAGGAAACCUUCCUCUUUAUUUAUAAGCAGAUAAGCGGCCAAGAGACACCAGUUAUCAAGGAACCGGACGAUUUAUAA